AUGUCAAUAAGAAUACAUUGCCUACAUUUAAUUGAGAUGCAUUUUAUUAAUACGCAAAAUUAUAUUAUACUUGAAACAUUAACACAACGUAUAAUAGAUUAUAAAAAUGGAAAUGAACCAAAAAAAGUUAAUCAAACAUUUUGUGAUUUUGAUGGUGUUCUUCUUAAUAUUUCAAAUCACGAGAAUAAUCGUAAAUUAAUAAAAUUAAGUAUUUAUUUAAGUUACUUUAAUGAAUUAAAAGAAUAUGGCGCUAUGGAAGUAUUAAAAAGAAUUUAUGGCAAUUUUUUGAUAUCUCAACCAAUUGAAAAUUAUAGUAUAACAUUACUUUAUAAUAUAGAAGAAAUUGCAUCUAAUUAUGAGGCAAUCGUUAAUGAAGCUUCUUUAAUAAAACGUAACUGUUUUGCUGCAUUAUUUGAAAAAUAUUUUAAACUUCAACAAGAAAAUAUACCAACAAAAGAACAAGCUGUAAUUCAUUAUAGAGAUGAUGAAACAUUAUAUGUUGAAGCAAGAGAAGAUCGUGUUACUGUUAUAAUUGCAACACAAUUUAAAGAUCCUGAAGAUGUUUUAUAUGGUAAUAUAUUUUUACAACAAUAUGUUGAAAGUAGAAAAGUUAACAAAACAUCACCACAAAUAAUUUUUUCAAAUGGAAAACCACCUAUUGAAAUGGCUAAUAUUAAAUCUCCAUUAGGAAAUAAUAAUGUAUUUUACAUAGCUUUUGUUCUUGAAAAAAGACAUACGAAUAAAGAAGUAAUGGGAAAUACAAUUGAUCUUAUACAUAUAUUUAGAGAUAAUCUUCAUUAUCAUAUAAAAGAUUCAAGAAGAUAUGUACAUUGUCGUAUGACAAAGAAGUAUAAUGAUUUUAUAAAAAUUCUUCAACGUGCCCAUUUGGAAGCAAAUACAUCAGAAAAUAGACCAAUUCAUCAUGUUCAAAAAAAAGGGAUGGUAAGAAAACAAUUUUAA